AUGGUAGCGACAGAAUUUUUGUGCUGAGCAGGAUUCAUCAAUACCAAAGAAUCUUUGCAGCAGGUAAGGAAACAGAGAAUUUCUUCUGCUUUCUUUGAGAGUAAUGAAAUCAAGUUAGCAUUCGAUACUAUAGGAUCCGUUAGGUGUUUUUACUUUUAUAAUUUAUUAUAGAUAUCAUAAUUCUGCCAAUUGGAUGAGGACUAGUCUUUAUGAUAGAGAAGUUGAAGAUAGCUUAACUUGCGGAGAUUAGGGCUCUGAUAAUAACAAGGAAGAAAAUUGUUGUCAAUUUAACUUAAAUUUUGCUGAGUAUUUUAAAGUUUUAUUUCAGUUGAUAUCUAAUCAGUAUUAGUAUAAAAUUUGAAGCAUUUUCUUGGAGAAAAAGAAACAUUAUGAUAAUUUUUUACAUAUCCCUAACAAAAUGAUCAACCUAACCUAUGACAAGUUGGGGUGUCUUAUGGCUAAAAACAGCAUGGAUAAGUCUCAAUAUAUCGCAAGGAUCAUCACAAAGCUAACUUCUUAUGAUAUAAAUCUGCAAUUAAGUGAUAAAUGCCACUGCAAGUAUAUAAAAUACUCCAUUCCUCAUACACUAA